AUGUCGGAACAAGUGCCUGUGGCCGAUCUCUCCAAGAUGACCAUUCCUACCCUUCCUAACUUGGCUCCAGAGGUGCCUAAGCCAAACGGCUUGUGGUCGUCCAACCCAGUCUUCUCCUACUUGAACGACGCCUACAUCAACAUUUCCGAGCACAGAAAGUCCUUGGGCUUGACCAACCCUGGUACCAUUGAAAACAUCUCGAAGGAGGUCAACCGUGAUGUGUUUUUGAACCAGUACUUUUUCACUGGCUUGCGUGCCGACUUAAACAAGGCGUUCUCAUUGAAUCCCGCAUUCCAAACCUCCCACACCUUGUCCAUGGGCUCUAAUGCUUUGCCUCCUUAUGCCUUCAGUGCCUUGUAUGCCAAGGAAGACUUCUUCGUUCAAGGUAAUGUUGACAACGACAUGUCUUUCAGCGGUAAGGUUAACUACGGCUGGGACCAGCACAACAUCUCCAAGUUGACUUUGCAAAUUGCUCACGGUCAGCCAGUCAUGUGCCAGUUGGAACAGGACUACCAGGCCAAUGACUUCUCCGUGAACGUCAAGUCUUUGAAUCCAUCUUACCUCAAUGGUGCUUUCACCGGUGUUGCUGUCGCUUCUUUGUUGCAAUCUUUGUCUCCAAAGCUUGCUGUGGGGUUUGGAAGCUAUGUACUCUAG